CUCGUCCAAGCCAAUACAGCAAAAGAGAGAGAGAAAAAAAUCGUCCAUCUCUCUUUUCCUCCGACUUUCAAAUUUAGAAAAAGAAAAAGAGAGUAGAGAUGGAAGUGGAGCCAAGUACACAGGUGGUGGUAGCGAAGAAGAUAUGGAAAAUAGUACGAAUGAUGUUCUUCAUGGUUCGAAAAGGCAUAUCGAAGAGCCGAAUUAUGGUCGAUCUCCAUUUAAUGCUCAAACAAGGCAAACUCGCAACGAAAGCCAUAACAAACCUCAUGUUCCACCACUCCUCCUCCUCCUCCUCCUCUUCCUCUUUCAAUUGCAGAUCCAACGACCCGCUCUCCUUUGUUUCUCCGCGAGAGUACGAAUUCAGUUGCAGUAAUAGCCCCGCUUUUUACCCCUUCUACGCCACCAAUAAACGCAGACACCACUUCUUUGGAAAAUCACAGUCCCAGUACAAAUACGACGACGUCUCAACGGUUUCUGCGGUGCAGAAGGUUCUGGAGAUGUUGAAUAAUAGUAGUGAGGGAGUCGAGGCGGCGUCACCGUUAACGUUGCCAGGGUUGGGGCGGAGUCCCAUGGUGAGGCAGCUGAGAAUAACGGACUCGCCUUUUCCGUUAAAAGAUGAGGGAGAUAGCGUCCAGGUGGACAAGGCAGCUGAAGAGUUUAUUAGAAAGUUUUAUAAGGAUCUCAAGCUCCAGAAAACUAAAUCAUCUCCUUGUUAUUAUGGUGAGAUGUGAGACAAAACCAAUUGAUGAUAUUGGCUUUGUAAUUUCUCUUGAUUUUAAUUUCACUUUUUAUUUCAAAGGCAUGCAUUAAUUUUCAAUCCCUUUUUGUAUUGCCGCUGCUGCUGUGUUUUUUUUUUUAAAAUAAAUUUCAGGUGGUUUUUGGUUU